AUGGGCCUCGAAAACGUCAAGAAAAUCGUCCUCGUCCUCUCGGGCAAAGGCGGCGUCGGCAAGUCCAGCAUCACGACCCAAUUGGCCCUCACGCUAUCCCUGCAGGGCCGUUCCGUUGGAGUUCUCGACAUCGACCUCACAGGUCCGUCUGUUCCCCGCUUCUUCGGCGUCGAGGGCUCCAAAGUCACGCAAGCGCCCGGUGGCAUGGUCCCCGUCCCCGUUCACGAUGCGCAAACGGUCGGUCAAGGCAGCCAGGCAAAAAAUGCAGGUCCACUGUCCGUCAUGUCGUUGGGGUUCAUACUGGCAAACCGUGGCGACGCUGUCAUCUGGCGCGGCCCCAAGAAGACGGCCAUGGUCCGCCAGUUCUUGUCCUCGGUCCUCUGGCCACCUGGGCUGGACUACCUCCUUAUUGACACUCCACCUGGCACCUCGGAUGAGCACAUUUCUCUCCUAGAGACACUGCUCAAAGACACUGCCGCCAAUCCGUCACAGCUGGCCGGCGCUGUCGUUGUUACUACCCCGCAAGCUAUUAGUAUUUCGGACGUGAAGAAAGAGCUGAAUUUCUGCACCAAGGUGGGGCUAAAAGUACUUGGUGUGGUGGAAAACAUGGCAGGAUUCGUAUGUCCAAGUUGCAGCGAAUGCACAAACGUAUUUAGCAAGGGUGGAGGCGAAGUGAUGGCAAGAGAUUACAACGUUCCGUUCUUGGGUAGCGUCCCCAUCGAUCCAGCUUUCGUCACGUUGAUAGAGGAAGGCAAGCGGCCGGUCUAUCCCCAAGGGACCAUCAUACAGGGUACUGAGAUGGCCACUGCGGCCAGCGCUGAGCGGGCUGGGCCAGGCAACGGAGAUGAUGCGAGAAAGGAACCAGGGGCACUGGUUGAUAAGUACACGAGCUGUUCUUUAUACCCGUUGUUUGACGGUAUGACCAAGCAGAUAGUUACAACCAUCGAGGGUGACGCCUAA